AUGGAGCCCCAGAUCCCCUUCGAGAAUUAUGCAAGACCUCGCCCUUUUCGCACCUAUUCCCACAAAGCGAGGACUUCCUCGCCCACUGUGCUUCCGUUGUUGAGGACCAGAGAGCCACCUGCGAGCCUUGCUAGAAAGCAUCAGCAAAGCCCCGCGCCCCAGGACGAGGACUUCCAAGACGAAGACUCCCAGGACUAUGGUGUAGUUCCUGAAGAAGAGACAGCUGCGUACCAAGCUGGGUACGAUUUCGAAGAUGCGCACGAGGUUGAACUUGAGCCACAAUAUGCCUCGGAUACUUCUCAAAGUCCGGCCGACUAUGCAACGGAAGAUGAUGCCAGCUUGGAGUAUAGCACCGAUGAAGACGAAGACAAGCGAACGACCCCUGAAGAGUCCAAGUCUACGCCUCCAUCGUCAGUGAAGUCCAGCAGUAGCACCAAAUACCUCUCCAAGUCUGUCACAGAUCAAUCAAAUCGCCUGAGACGCCGCCCAUUCUUGCUCUUCGACAAGCUACCGCCGCGUGGGUUCAAGAGGCUGAAGCCCAAAAUAGAAGACAACAUCACAGCAACCUUGUCUGCCAAGUACAAGCUCGGCGACGGGUUCUCCAAAGACGAGGCGAAACCAAACGGGCUGGUUCAGUUGGGCUUCCAUCCGAUGGUUAAGAGAAGAGCACCACAAGUUGAAUCGAAAGUGGGUGCUUUGGAUUUGACACAGUCCAGUUUUACGAGGUCUCCCAAGAAGGAUUCCAUUGUAAAUAAGAAGAAUAAGACGACAACAAAGAAGAGGGCCUACGACAACUCGUUUCUUCCUGACCCCAAGCAUGCCGAACGUCAGAGGAAGAGACAAAAACAACUGAAGAAGAAGGACAACCCCCUGAACGACAAGGAGAUGCUACCGCCUACAGCAGCGGUGAAGCCCAAGAUGAUAUUGACAAGUGCUAUUUUGGGGGAAUACGCACAUUUCGCAGAGAAACCACAGCCCUCCGCGGCUGCUGUUACCCCGGAACAUGAACAGACGCAGACACGAAUUGAAGCACAAAGUCGACGGGAGGAAGAAGAAGCUGACGUGCCUUCGGACGACAACGAGGAAGGCGACCUUGAAUUCGAAGAGCCCAUUUCUCGAGAGCCAUCUGUCGAGCUGGGCGAGCCUCCGGCUAGAAAGAAGGUUCCAGGACACUCUCCUUUCAAUCACCAACAGGACGACCAACAACAAGAGGCUACUCUCAAAGCGCAACAAGAAGAAGCUGUUGAAGUGCUUAGCGAAGAUUCUGUCCAGAGCCCAGUCCAAGAGCCUGCUGUUCAAGAGCUUGCUGUUCAAGAGCUUGCUAUCAUAGAGCCCGUUGAGAAGUCUCUUGAACAGCCUGCCGAAGAGUCUCCCAAAGGUCUUGAACAGCCUGUCGGAAACCCUCUCGAUGGGCCAGUCAAAAAGCCGGCAGAAGAACAAGUACAAUCAGCCAACCAUAUCGAGAUAUGGGAUGGACCUCCAAGCCCAGUCACCAUCAAAGAGAGCACCAGUGUCAAGUUCAAGUCCAAGUCCAGCUUCAACUCCAACUCCGAGCCGACGGAACGCGGAACUGAGAACCUGAAUGCGAUUGACACAGCAGAGCUUCCCAAAGCCACCUCCCAUGACAGUCUCGGAGCACCACAUUACCGUCAGACACAGCGUCAGAGGAGCAACCAUCAAGAGGAGACUUCCCCAGGUUCAGGCUGGGAGACAUACAUCUCGGAAACUGACAUUCAUACCCCCACUCCUCCGAGGCCUUUGAAUUCGAGAGCCAAAUCGGUGCCUUCCGUGCCCUCCACUUCUUCCAGGCCGGGGAAUACGGGGCUUAGGAGGUCGAACUCUGCGGUUUAG